UCCUAUCUCCUCUUUCCCCUCCACCCUCCCGCGCGCGAUGGCGUCCGCCGCCGACGAGGGCAGCGCGGCGGCGCCCACGCCCACGCCCAGGGCCGCCGUCUCGCACGUCAUCUUUGACAUGGACGGCCUCCUGCUCGGUCUCUCCCCCGCACCGCACCACACCGGGUUUCCCUGCAUUCGGUGGGUUUCCUUCUUGGCUUUAACCCUGGGGGGGCUGUUUCUCUUCGCAGACACGGAGGGGUUCUACACGGAGGUGCAGGAGAGGAUCCUGGCGAGGUACGGCAAGGUGUUCGACUGGUCGCUCAAGGCCAAGAUGAUGGGCAAGAAGGCCGCCGAGUCGGCGCGCAUCUUCGUCGACGAGUGCGGCCUCGCGGGGCUGCUCACCCCGGAGCAGUUCCUCGAGGAGCGCGAGGGCAUGCUCCAGGAGCUCUUCCCAUCCUGCGCCGUCCUGCCUGGAGCACUACGUUUGAUCCAUCAUCUCCAUGCAAAUGGAGUGCCAAUGGCUGUUGCAACAGGAUCUCAUAAACGUCAUUUUGCACUGAAGACACAGAACCACAAGGAAAUGUUUACACUGAUGCACCAUGUUGUCAUGGGGGAUGACCCAGAUGUGAAGACUGGCAAGCCAUCUCCUGAUAUAUUUCUUGCUGCUAUGAGGAGGUUUGAGGGCAAAGUAGAACCAAGUAAUUGCUUGGUAUUUGAAGAUGCACCUUCUGGUGUCGCAGCAGCAAAAAAUGCUGGAAUGUAUGCCGUGAUGGUCCCAGAUCCGAGGCUGGAUGUUUCAUAUCACAAAGGAGCUGACCAAGUUCUCAGUUCAUUGCUGGAUUUCAAACCUGAUGAAUGGGGCUUGCCGCCUUUUAAAGAUUAGACAAAUUUCUGCUUUCGAAGAUUGGGAAGCUCUCAUGAAUAAAUAAAGAUUUGGAAUGGAAAUUUUACAAGAAUGGUUCUUUUAGAAGAAAAAAAAGAAAAACUCUGGUCUAUUAUUGCAUAGGCAGGUGCAGCCCGAGGCAUCGAAGGUGGACAUGCUGCCGGUAUUUCUUGAUCGGGCAUUCUUAAAAUUGUUCAGUCCUAGUUGCUUUAUGAAGGGGUGUAACAUUUUAUAUUUAGCAAAAACAUUGUUAGGUUAGUGGCAAAACGGUAAGCAUUCUUGCUGCCUGCCAUCUUGUGGCAGCGAACUACUAGCUUUCAAUAAAGAAUCUACCAUCAAAUUUUUUGUGCUUUUCUUUUCCAAUGCUAAAGGUCUAAUAUUUGUAAUAGUUCUUAACGGAUUACUAUUUUACUACUACACUUCUGGCCCAAGAUAACUUCAUUCUUUGAUCCAUCCG